AUAAGGGCUCACAAGACAUCGCUAUUGACGCGAGAUAAACGCUCAUUGUCGUAUCACAUCAUCCACUCUAAAUAGCGCGACGUUUUAUUUAUCAAAUUCACAUGGUUGUUUGUAAAACAGCCUCGGUCCGAUAUACGGAAGUUUGACAUUUCAAAAUGGCAGACGACUCGACGUCAUUGAUGAGAAAUCAGCAAACAACCUCUACCGAAGACAACGCUGUUUACCAUGACAAAUGGCAGGGACCACGAGCCAGGGCGUUGCAGAUUGUAUUCGUCGUUUUGAUCAUCAUAAUGGUCAUGGUAUGCGUAGUACUUGCCAUAUACCGCGGAAUCGUCGUAGGAGAGAAUGGCGGCCUGUACUUCAUGCUGGGAGUCUGUCUGGUUGGAUAUGUGAUUCUGGAAAUAAUAUUGAUAAUAUUCAUCCGGCAAGGCGAACUUCCGAAAGAGAAGACAUGGUUUCUAUAUUUUCUGGGCAUGUGCGUCAUUUUGGAGGCCAUCUUCACGGACAUCCUUCUGUACAACUGAGAACAAUGAAGAGUGCACGAUAGAUGAUGCUGCUUGAACAUGUGGUUUCGUGACAGUGGGCAACCUUAUACAGACAUGUAUUGUUGUUAUAAGUUACUAUUUAUUAUUUAUUAAUGUAUUGAUCUGGUUGGCAGGUAUUCUAAUAGCCUAUAUUGUACAGUUUACGGUUGUUUAGCUAUGCAGUUUUUCAUAGCCAAAUUUGGAAAAUGCUCUUGGUCGGGAAAGAAAGUGCAAUUGUAAUUAACGCAAUAUUCAAAUUAAAUAUUUUCUCAUUAACAGCGACUACCUUGUACACUUCAAAGACAGGUACUGAAGCACACGAUGUUGAUUGGAACACUAUUAUAUAUUCUGAAAUGUCAAUUAAUGUGAUAAUUUUGAAAAUUUAGAUUUACCGCCAAAACAAAUAAAUAUAUUAUAAAUAUUUUUUUUAUGGUGACAAUAUGAAAAGAAUAUAUCCUGGGAUUCGUUAUUAAAUCAAAUUUGAGAAACGUAACAAAAUGACUAUGCAUUAUACUCCCAAUAAGAUUUUUAAAGACACGAAAUGGUGAUUUGAUAAUGUAUUGCAACAUCGGUUAUCCCAUUGUACUUAGAACAAUGGUAUUUUCUAUUGUUAAUAUUUACAAUGGAUCCUUUUUAUCGACUGUGCUUCAAACGGGUUGUGCUUUCAAUCAAUACAUUGAGAUUACUUGAGAUUAUUUUUUGUUUAUAAUUACGCACGAAUAUAAAUAAUGCUGAGAUAUUUAAUUUCGGUUUAAUUUCCUCAACAUGCAGAAUGUUUAAAUUUGAACGAAUGUCGUUGAAAUAUUUAAAUACAAUUUAAUUUCCUUUGUAUUUGUUUGGUUGUUAAAGAACCUGUUUUUACACAGCCUGUCCACACGACGGUGGUACUUAUAUCAAUAUACAUCUCCCAUGAAUAUAACUAUUGUAUAUAUUAUGUAUGUUGAAAUGUGACAUUUAUAGCAUUAAAGAACGAAGUUCAUUUUAAAAGCA